GGGAUCACCCCAAUGACUAGGAUCGCUGCGAACUGGAGCUCUCAAGCCACUCGUUGCGUCCCAUCCCCGCGGAGCUCUGACCUAGCCCCCUCAGAUCAAUUUGCAUCUCCACUUUCAUCGUUUAACCCUCUGUUCUCCCUGAAUCUUUCGCUUCUUUUUCACACUUCUCCUCUGGGCUUGGAGCUCCGUCGCUUUUAACGGUUGAUCUGUUUUCGCAUGUCGGGCAGUUGAUCAACGGAUAAUCAAUCAAGCUGGAGACGUAUACGUUGAUCUCUUCUGCAAUCCUUAGCUUCUGAGAUUUUGAGACAGCACGACUACCCAAAGGACAACAUCUUGUGGUAUUCAUUUGUUCCUAAGUUGCGACGAUCCCCUAUAUCCUAGGUACACUCUGGAUUAGAGCCACGGAGGUCCUUUAUUUGCAGAAUAGUAUGAAAGGGCUCGUUUUCGAGUUGAAUGCGUCAACAUGAAUCGCCCGCUAUACCUGGAUACCCAGGUAGCCCAAAAUCAGAGCCAAAGAUAUUCCUUCAUUGAAACACCGCUAGAAAUGCAUGCCGGGAGUCAGCGCCCAGAGCCUGGAUCUCCACCUCCUCCCCUACCGGUGGACUCCAGGAUAGCUAUGCAGCCACAAGAUGCGAUAGAACAACAGCCUCCUACCUUGCUUCCACCAGCACCCACGCAUCAGCAACAGCAGCAAUAUCACCAGCAAGAACGAAUUCAGUCACAUCAAUAUAUACCCAGCGAGAAAGAGCGACACCUUCAAGAAGAAGGCAUCAUCCCCACAUACUCCCGAUAUCCUCCACCGGAGCAACAUCCAGCUUUCCAGGCCCCAUUCUCACCUCCCCCAGAACAACAACAUCAUCAUCAAAUACCGCAAUAUGCCUAUGCCAGCCCUCCCAGCUCCCCGGGUCCAUUACCUCUGAAAACGCACGAACCACCCAAACGGAGUGAUACUCUCUCAAUAGAGCCUGACGCAAAUCCAUUGCAAUCACCGAAAACCUCAUACUUCCCUCCACCUCCGACACCCGCUGUACAUGGAUCACACGCCCCACCCGGCGAGGACCUGAGCGCGUUCCAUCAACCCGGACAAAUUAUGCAUCCGAAUCAGGAGGUAGAAGGUGGAACGUGGAGUCAUGGUUUAUGCGAUUGUUCAAGUAUCGGGACAUGUUGUCUUGGGAUUAUAUGUCCUUGUAUAUUGUACGGGAAGACUCAACAUCGUCUGAGCAUGAAGUCGCGAAAGGAGGACCCGACUAAUAUGCUUGGUUAUGAUACAUGUAACGGGUCAUGUACUGCGAUGACUUUGUUCUGUGGGUGUCAAUGGCUCCUGGCUACCAUCCAGCACACGAGGACGAGAAAAGCAUAUGGAAUCGAAGGGGAUGUCUGUUCAGAUUGUGUUCGCGCGACUUGUUGCACGUGCUGCACUUUGAUUCAAGAUGAGAAGGAGUUUCAGAAACGAGAAGAGCGAAGAGGGAGAGCGGCCCGGGAACGAGGCGCAACUCUCCUUUCGCCGUAUACAGCUCCCGGGCCAAUGACUUAUGGCUUGCCACCGAAAUGAAUGGGUGCAAUCGCUCAAUAGUUUCUUAACGAUUUGAUUUCCUACACAGGUUUGCGAUGAUGGACAAUUUGAUGUCACAAAUUUUAUAGCGUACCUGGCCUGCGUUAGCGGACUACUACUUAACUUCCUGCUCCCACUACUCAGCGAAUGAAGAAUCGUGAUAGAUCCCGCGAAAGAUACAAUA